AAUACAGGUCUCAUUCAUAAACUAGUACUGUGUAAACCAUUGCAAAUUGUAACAUGCAGCAAAUGCAGCAGUUCAGUAUGUACUCCAGAGAUUACGGUGGCAAAGGAAUGACGCAGGAAGUCUCUGCUUCCUUCCUUAAAGUAAGUUUAAGAUUACAAAUUAAUCUCAAAAGAGAUUAUGAGUAUCUCAAAGAGUUAAUGAGUAUCUUAAAACUGCCUGCUUCUCUUAAUUGUCCAAAGGCCAAUUGAUCCUCAAGUGUAUAAAGUACCAAUGCAUGAAGAUGAGCAGCAGAGCUGAGAGAGCCAGCAAACAAACAGCAGACAGGAACCAAGUGCUGUGUCUGCUUGGAAAGAUGCCGAAAAUUGGUUUUACAUUCAUUCGGCUUUUUAUGCUCUUACUUGGUUUCUCCACUAUUUGUCUGGGAGUCCUUUGCAUUUCCACGAGUUCCUAUACAUGCAGAUGUGGAAAUAGCGAGCUGGUGUUCUAUUGCCUGUUAACUUUGGGUUUCUUUCUCAUUUUGACUGGCAUUUUCUGGAGCACUUUCCAUGAAGCCUUGAAAUUCAGAUGCCUCAGCAGUAUCUUUAUUCGAAACCCCAGCCAUGGAGAGCUACAUGUCAGCACUAUAGACAGGUCUGACUUCUAUCCCCCCUCCUAUGAAGACAGCACAGAUCCUGAAAAACAGACCUCCUCACUGCCAGUUGCCUCCACACUAAAACAGCAAGAAGUCAUCAACAUCCCUCCACCUCCGUAUAGUGAAAGCAGUGCUGAGUUCAUCAGUGAAACUGACCAGGAACAGGCACCACCGUACGAAUCAUCUGCGCAGCAGCUACUGCAGCAGCAAACAGGUGACCAAGACGCAGACCCCAGAGAGGAGUCUAAUUCUCAGCCAUCCACACAAGAAAACAGUUACCAACAGGAUACAGACUGCCAAGGAACCCCAGAAAGAGCAGUAUCUGUCAGAACAUCUGAGACAGGCAGUGGGUAAGCCCCUGCAUCUGUAAAGUGGGGAAAGCUGGAAGAAGAUGUAUGUCAGCGAUCCCUAAUAGUACACCACUUAGGCUGAAAUUGCCCAGGAAAAGCAUUGACCAU